AUGCAAGCAUUAUUUGAAAUGGCAGGCAGGCUAGCAAGUGUUUAUUCGUUGCCAUCCACUGCUAUUUACGCGGCCUCUUGGUGGACUUUGUUUACUGCAUCAGGACUUGUGCUCUUGCAGCUAGCCUUAAGGCCUCCAAAGAGAGCUCACCGCUCUGGAGCCUUAGCGCACAGGAGGGAGGGCAUAAAGAAACACAGAGGGAACACUAGACAGCGCCACGCCCUCAGCGGGUGCAGCAAAAGGGGCUGCGAUGCAUAUGGCAACAGCAGCAGCAGCAGCAGCAGUGGCGGCAGAAGGCUCCGAGGUAGCUCCAUAACAACCUUGCCCGACAGCCUGUUGGCCUUUACCCUCUGCCUGCUUCCCCUGGGCGAGCGGCUGAAGGUGUGCUCCCUAGUGUGCAGAAGAUGGCUGGACCUGACAAGGAGCCGCCUCUGUCUGUGGGACAGCACUAUUCGUGUAUCCUCUGCUUCCUUUCGUCAGCUGUCUACACAGGCAGCACGCGCGGCAGUUCGAGGCUUGGCCGCAUGCGGACGCCACGCAAAGUUGGUCCUCAAAGUGGGGGGCCCCCUUGGAGCUGUGGCUGGCGAGGUCGCCAAAGACUUGCACUUUCUGCGAUCGCUCUUUGGGCACCUUCGUGGGGCUAGAGCUCUCAGUGUCUCUGUCGGGUGCCCCUACACGGCGAAGCGCCUAGGCCCUUCCUUCGCCGCGUUCGUGCAGCGCAACAAAAGCACACUAGAGUCUCUGGAGAUCUGGGAGGCUGAGUUCGCAGAGGCCACACUUGCUGCACUUUACGACUCGGAGUGGCCUCCCAACGAGGAUCACGCCGUGGGCAUCAGGGAGGGACUAGGAGACAGUUUUCUGGCUGCAGCUGCUGCACUGGACGCGAGCGUGGGCCCUCCUGCAUCUCGUGGAAGCGGAGGGGGGGGCCUCUGCGGCUGCUCUCGAAAGCGCGCCCAGGUGAGCCGGGGGAUGCUGCGACGCCGUUUAGAGGACAUAAGGGGCUGCUGUUGCUGUUUGGCAUCUGUAGAGGCAGCAAUUCGCCUCUACAAGAACUUUAGCCAAGUUUGUGUGGUACUGCCACGCUUGCGGUGUCUAGCGGUGGGCAGCUGGCGGCUCUUACGGGCGCUGCACUGCCCCCGACUGGAGGAACUGCGGCUUGCAACGAACACAGCCGCAAGACAUCAGAGCGCAGCGAUCAGGCAGCAACAACGGCAGCAGCAGCAGCAAAUGCAGCAGCAGCAAAUGCAGCAGCAAGUGCACUUGCCACGGCAGCAAGAGCCACCGGACUAUUGGCAGCUUACGCGAGCUCUCCGAGAGUGGGCUCAUCGCGUGACAGGCAGCGGGCCCCCGCCUCCAGAUUCCUCCGCUUCAGGAUACUCCAAAUCGGCAGUCCAAGACUUGCUGUCGUUCCUCUUGCGAAGUGGCAGCAAUUUGGUGGAGCUGCAGACGUGCUACACGGUGGGGGCACUGAACGACGCCCUCCUGCAGGCUGUCAUUUCGGCUGGUAACGCCCUUCGCGUUGAAAGCGACGCGGCGCAGGAGGCCCCCCGAAUUCUCUCCAGAAUCCUGGAGCUCGCUGUUACAAGUGCGUCUCCCUUGUCAACGAAGCAGCUCCGCAGCGGCUUUCUAGCUGCUGCUCUAGCUGCUGCUCAUGCGGCGUUGGUGGACGCCCCAGGCUGGCCUUCUAGCCCAUGCUUCUUGCAUGCGGAGAAUUUAGAGUCGACGAGUCUCAGCGCGCCGUCUGCAACUUUUCCCCGUAUUUCUGCAGCAACAGACUUUGGCCCACCCCCCUGUGUCAUGCAACCGGCCGCUCCUGGCGACCAUCUCGUGCGAGCAUCUGCUGCUGCCGCUGCAACGUCCAUGCGGCCCUGUCUCUCAGGGGGGGAUAUAUUUGCAGCCGCAGCGGGCCUGUGCGCUGCUCUGGGGGGGGGUUGUCGCCACAGGCGGCACGCCGCGGCUGCAUGCGGCUGUGCAGUUCCCUGUGCGUUGGGGUCUGAGGGGCAGCUUCUCGUGGUGGCGCUGCCUCGCCUCCGAGUAGCCCGUACAUCCGACUUCCUGCUUCUGAGCGUUCUGCUGCUGCCGCGACUGCAGGAGCUGCGGCUGCCUGAGACUUGGGGUUCCGUCGCGAAUAAGCCGAUCUCGGGAUUCUCGCUUCUUUGGACGUAUCUUUCGACGUAUGGGGGAGGCCUCAAGGCUCUAGAAGUCAAGGGCACAGCGCCGCCCUUGGCCGCCUUUCUGGGGGCUGGUACCACAGCAGAGCCUCAACCGUUUCGCAGCGGCUGCCUCGAAGCGGAGGCCACGAAGGCGCUGCAGCGUCUGCUGUACGUCCACCGCACGCAUCCCCUGAUGGCUCCCUUGACGCCAGACACGGGGCGAAGGCCUGCAGCAGCUGCUGCUGCUGCUGCUUCGGCAUUGCCCGCAGGAAUGGCAGCGGGUCCAGGAGCUGCGUUUCGCAUGAGCGAGAAGCUCUCUGAGCUCGCGGCAAAGACUGUGCAAAGCAUCUGGCAACACCGUCUAGCUCUUCAGCAGAACGGCGGAUCCCUCCUGCAGUCUCACGACUCGACAGAGGGCUUAAGGCCCCUGUACGGCCUCAAGUUUGGACAGCUGCAGCACCUGCAAUGCCACUCCAGCUUUCUGCCCUACCUGGUGGAGCCGUUGCCUCAAUGCGGAAAUUUGCGCGAGCUGCGGACUGAAGGAGAGUCCGAUGGAGUUCUCUGGUUCGUCGCACUCCUCAAGGCGCUCGAUAACCUGUUUGUCCGAGACCCUUGCCUGACUCUCCCGAGGAGGAGACUUGGGGGCCCCCAAGGAGGGCCCCUCGAGGCGGAGGACGAAGAAGCUCGCGGCAGCGGCAACAACAGCACCAACAGCACUGACAGCAACAGCAGUGGCCGGCAAAAAGUCACUUUGCUCAUGAAACGGUACACGGGAACGGCCUUCUUCUUCACGCCGAAUCUCACUUGCCCAAACCUCUGCCAACUUCAGGUGCAGCGAGGAGAUGACGAUUUCGAUACCUUCUUGGUGAAUGGAGGGGCCCCCCAACUCCGAGUUUUGCGGUACCAGGGGCGUCUCUUUGGGGGCCCCGGGGCGGCGACGCCGCGCUCUCUGAUGUCUCCAUUCGAAGCGGAGACGCUUGAAGGAGGCAGCGCGUCCGCAUGCAACCUUCAGCGCGGUCUGGCCAUGAGGGGACUCUCCGUGAAUGCCUGUCCUGUGGAAAUGUCUCCCUUUGCAAGCCUCCGCGAACUUCACGUUUGGACGCUUGACGCAAAGGCCCUUAUCCGACUCGCCCUAGCCGCCGCAGCCGCGUCGAAGCCUUCCCUCUCGCGCUCGUGGCAGCGGGCCUUAGAGAGGCGAAAAGAAGAACGGCAGGCGCAACUGCAAGCCAGAAGUCAUCUGGCGCUGCAGCGAACGCAGUGCCAGCGAGACAAGGAAGGCAGCCGACUUCUGCUCAAGCAGAAGCGUCUCUACGAGGCGUAUAGCACACGCAGAAGGCGCCUCAGGCGUCUCUCUGCCGUCACAGCUGCUCUCCGCGAGCGCAGGCAGAGGCCCAGCGAAGCGCUCCUUGAGGAACGGUCCUUGGGGGGGGCUAGCCUUCAUGAGAGCCACAGUCGGCUGUCACGGGAGGUAAGCAGCAUGCGGCAGCAGCUGCAACAGCUGCAGCGGCGUCUAGAGGCCCUUGCGACUGCCAACAUGCGCAGCUGUGUAUUUUCAUCGUCCCCUUCCUCUUCCUCGGGAGUCAACGCCUCGAGGGAGACAACUGGGCAGGUACAGCGCUACCACCGCUUCAGAGAGGGGCUACACCGUCUCAGGCGCCUUCGAAGCCACCAUCAGCGUCUCGUUGCUCUGCGGAGACUGCUGCAAAUAAGCGUUGCAGACGCGCUUCCUCAGCCUUCAAUAGGGCCCCUCUCUAGAACGAAUGCAACGCAACGGGGAACUGAGGUCGAAACGCAGACGAGACGCAGGGACAGGGCCCAAAGAGGGCGUGCAGCAGACUUUCAGUGCAGCAGAAACUGCUGUCUUUGGGCUUGCCAUCGAGCCGUGGCUGCCGUGUCGCAGCUCCUGCCACAAUUACGCACAUGCGUGGUGCAGCAGCUGAAGGGCAAUGCGACCUCCCUCCGUCUCCUGCUGCGCGGGCUCCCCCGCCUCGAGGUUUUUGCCAUUGAAGAAACUCCCAAAAGCAGGAGGAGGCAACGCCUGCUGCAACUGGCCAGCAACAUUGGCUUCAUUGUUCGAAGGGGGCCUCUCGUCAUUCCUGCCCUCCGCAGCAACCUCCUCACGUGGGGCAGCGCAACGCUCUCCAGACAGUUCAGGAUUUUACGCCGAAGCCCAGCAGGAUGCAAGGCGGCCACUGCCGCUGUUACAGCUGCCGAGGCUGUCGUGAGGGAGCUUAUGAGACGCGCAGGAAGAGAGGGCCCCAUGCAGGAGACGCGGACUCUGAGAACUGCCUCCACGAAACGCCAGAGAGAAACCAGGCACAAACGCAGAAUAGAUAGUGCUUUUUCUGCUAUGGGUUCGGGUCUCCCUUGCAAACGGCGUAGGCGAACCCCUCGCGAGGCGAGAGCGGCUGCCGUUGAGCGCAUGCGCCAGGACAGUCUGCUGGCAAGGGGCUUGGCAGAAGAGCUGGAGGUGCAGCUCACGAGUUGA